AUGAACACGGAGUGCUAUGUGUGUGGAAAGAAGGGACAUAUAGCUAAAGCGUGUAAAAACCGGAAACAUAAUAGGGUCAACGCGUGCAUGGAGUCUACGGACACGAGCGACGACGUCGGGUCGGAGGACGGCGACGACGAGUACGACGUGCCGUUGUACUCUAUAGACGACGAUACCGGCGGUGACGAACCAUGGUGGCGCACAGUGACGGUGAACGGAGUUAAGGUGCGCAUGCAGCUGGACUGUGGUGCAGCGAUAAGCGCUGUGUCCAGCAAUUUAUUUAAUCAGCUGUUUAAAAAUGUUAAUUUGUUGCCUCCUAAGACAAAUUUAAAAAUGUACGCGGGACAAAAAGUCACACCGAAGGGCAUUAUGUUGUGUGAAGUUAUGUAUGGUGAUAAAAAGAAAUCAGAUUUAAAGUUAGUCGUAGUAGACUCAGACGACAGCCCGCCCAUUAUCGGACGUCGGUGGAUGACAGCGUUAGGUAUAAAAUGCAGUCCUGAAACUCCCGAGUCGAUAUAUAAUAUGAAUAACGGUCGUGAGGGCGUAGGGACACAGUUGGCUCGAGAAUUCCCGCAGGUGUUCGCGCAGGGAACUGGGAAGUUCACAGGUAAGCCCAUACAACUAAGAGUGGCCAGCGACGCGCGGCCCGUGUUCUGCAAGCCGCGGCCCGUGCCGCACGCGCUGCGCGCCGCUGUGGAGGCUGAGCUGGAGCGCCUGCAGGCGGACGGGGUCAUUUCGCCGGUGGAGACUAGCGAGUGGGGGACGCCUGUCGUGCCCGUCAUCAAAAAGUCAGGUGAGGUGAGACUGUGCGGGGAUUUUAAAAUAACACUAAACCCGGUAUUAGAGGAUGACAAAUACCCAAUACCGCGCAUCGAUGAAAUAUUCUCUAAUUUGCAAGGAGGACAACUUUUCAGCAAAAUAGAUUUGAGCCACGCUUAUCAGCAAUUACCGCUUACAGAAGAAUCAAAACAGCUGUGCGUAAUUGUGACGCAUAAGGGUAGCUUUUGUUACAAUAGAUUACCAUUUGGUAUUAAGUGUGCCAUGAGUAAAUUUCAGCGCGUCCUGGAUAGCCUAUUCAAGAAUAUGAACCUUAUUGCGGUGUAUUGCGAUGAUAUUUUAGUCACGGGUGUUAACGACGAUGACCAUUAUAAACGCUUGAUAUCGGUAUUCAAAAUAUUGUCCGAGGCAGGAUUAAGAAUUGCACAAAAUAAAUGCAUUUUUUUCCAAAAAUCGCACACAGACGAGCAAAAUAGAUGCCGUUCAGGCAGCCCCAGUACCGGACACCGUAUCGCGUUUAAAGGCAUUCUUAGGUUUGGUAAAUUAUUAUGCUAAAUUCAUACCUAAUAUAAGUACCGUUUUAC